CGCUGAGCAUCACACUAAGGGUGAGAAUUAACGAGCGGCAUCCAGUGGUCAAAAUCCGUGAUUAAGAAUAUAAAUGAUAAAUGUUUGGUUUGCGUACAGGCUAGUCUUCCCUCCGCCCUGAGUUGUAAUUCCAUACCCUCCUCAAAGAACAGCAACAGAUCUAAUUCAGAACAUGACCUUCGGUGUCGCUUUCGCUUUCGCGCGCGCCCCCCCACACUCUGCACCGAUAUGUAAGUAAGUAUUCCCCCCGAGCAAGUAAAAAAUUUUGAGUCUUUUGUUCUGCCCAACUUUGAGUGUCAUUCGGUCAUUCUCUUUGUUGUUCGUUGAGUAUCAUUCGGGCAACUAAUCAACUUUCUCUUAUCCAAUAAUUUGUCUUUGUCAUUUCUUUCUGCAUAAUUCUAGGCGGCAUGUCGGAGUUGAUGUUGAAUGACGAAAUUACUAAAAAGUGACGAACGUGGUACUUCCUCGCGAAAAAUGCCGUGUUGUUGUGGAGCUGGGAGUGUUGGAAAGAAGGACAGGAAGGACCCUGAAGAGGUGGAGGUGACGGGUCGCGUCACAGGGGUGGUUCCGUUUUCGGCGUCACAGCGCCACGCAAACGCUAGUGCGAGGAAAUAUGCUGUCGAAAAUGACGGACUUGGAGGCGAGUUGUCACCAAAAGUCACCUACUUCGGCAAGGCUGCGGCAAAUUGCGUCGGCAAAGUCCGAGGUCGAGCUGGACCACGGGAAGACGAGGAGGCCUCCUCUUCUUCGAAGUCGCCCUGUGCUGGUGAUCGUCUUCCGGUUCGCGUAGAUCCCACGAUCUCGCCACGCAACGUCCGGUCUCCUAUCGCAAAAAUCCCCAGCGAGAGCGAGGAAGACGACACCUUCACUUUUUACACGGUUCGAGAGCAGGACAGCGAGGAAGAACACUUUAGCAGGCGAGAAUCCGAAGAGGACCACAUUGCCGCACUAGCGUGCUUAGCUGAUCCCAGAGCUUUUCCUACUGGGCCAACGGCUUCAGUAGCGCGUGAUAAACUGGAAAUAUUAGGUGAGUACGUUGCUGAGGGUGAGGAGCCACCAAGCACGGCAGUAAGCCCCGGUGGCACGGUAGCCGGUUAUCGAAAUCUUAGCGUUCAUGGCGGAUUCGGAUCUGUGGAAGGCAUGUUGACAGCACCACAAAAGGUACAAACUGGUCGACCAAAGCUAGUAGUAGAUCUAGACUCCUUCUUUUUCGAAUAAAAUUUGUGGCGGAUGAACUGCUGACUGUGCUGCAUGCUACUUAUAGUAGAUGUGAACGUUGCAGCAGAUGCUCAGCCUCCGCGGUGCUCACAAUACAAGAAGUGCUACUGCCUAGUAAGUACUAGAAAAACUAAAUCAAAAUGUAAAUGAUUGAAUAAUUCGGGCAAAAAUUACAACAUCGCAGGAUCGUGUGGCGACUCCUCUGAACCCAUACGAGGAGAUUGGAUACGUGAUGCAAUUUUACGAAAAGUUUCGUCGGGAAGAGAAGCUCUGGACUUUAGCGCUGGACAAGCCAGAAUGCAAAGUGUGGAAGCGCUUUCUCGACCUCGGGGUAGUAGAACGCAAGAUCGGUGGUGUAUUUGGGCCCAAAGAGGUGCAGUUGAAGCCGGAACGGGUCCUCUUCUUCUACUCCGAGUGCAUCAUCGAUGCGCCACCUGAAGUAGUACUGUAUCUAGUGCAGAAUAUCCGCAUGCGGAUGUCGUGGGAGGACAAUUUUGCGGAGGACACGAUGUUAGAGGGUACGAAUUAUCGUGGUGUGGAGCGGGUAGUCAUCCGCAGUCCCGUUAUGACCUUCAGUAACCGCGAAAUCAUUCGCUUCCGCGACUGUAAGUGCCUGCCGGCCUUCGAGUACUGAUGAUCUUUCUUCUCACCGAAUCUUUGGAUUACGUACAAGAAGGGUUUCUACUUGAUGGUAGUUUUUGAACGAAGAUAUGAGACCAAAGAGCUUUACUUUGCAGUCUUCAUGAGUGCCUCCCUCCAACAUCAGGUACCCCUAUUUGUGCUACGAGCGGUCCACUUCUCUCUACGACCAUAUCUACAAUCCGUCGGGGAAGGUUGUCAGAGUCAACGUCUUUAUGAGUGGCAACACGGUGGAACCUGGACCGCGACCCGGCACGACACUGCUACGUGUGAUGACAGACAGCAAUCCAGGUGGGAUGAUUCCGAGCGCUGCAGUUAACCUGGUUGUGGCAAACAUUCCCCGGCAGUGGGCUAUCAAACUGAGUGCAGAGUGCAAGAAAUUCAUGGCAAAAGAAACGGUGCAGCCUCUACCGAGAGAGCGCCUUCGUGAACUGAUGGAAACUCUAGACCGGUAGUGUUUCCACGACUGACGCGCAUCCUGACAGCAGGUGGCGGUUGUUCAGCCGCUGCCAUAGGUUUCAGCUGCCUCACUGCUCUUCAACAGAUAGCGGAUGGAGCAGGUUUUUGUUGUAUCAGCUCGCACGGCACACGUAAGUAUGUUGACCUUCAGCGUUUACUGGCUGAGUCUUGUGUUAUCCGCGUGUGGUCUGACAAAAUGCAGAGGACGAAGAUAUCAGCUUGGUUCCAACAACUGUUAUGGGUUGCGACGACGUCGACAAGCAUGCGUCGUGGUUGAUGUGAUUCUGCACCAUAUCCGCAGGUUGCACACGGCAACGGCAGAAAAAGAUACCCCUGUGGGCAGUAGUAGCGCUCAACGUCAGGCACCUUUUACCUAGCUAGGAUUGUGACUGGCGAGCAUGGUGGACAUCAUCAAAGCUUCAGAGAUGCAAGCAGCCGAAGUAUGCCGCGACCGAUCGAAUGAGAAAUCUAGUCGUGCAGUUCUUUACCAUGCAUGUUUAUCAACAGUAUGGUAGUACCAACGUGCGUAUCAAUGCUAUAAUCGGCAAAGAGAACACAUUGGCGUAGAUCGACACAAGUCUUACUGCCUGACUCGGCUCGAAGUCGAACAGUUCCCUAAUGUUUCCAAAUUCAAACUGGUCUACGUGACAAUGAGUCUUGACUGUUGCGAUGGGCUGCUGCAUAGAAAAUUGCUUUGUCAUGGAGGUUUGUUUCCUUGUGCUUUCAUAUAAAAAUAGACAAAUUCUAAGUAUGACAGGACGAUAAGAAAUUGUCACGACUAUCUUCUUCUACCCCUCAAACACAAUCACGGCAUUAGUCAUCAUGUUGUGGAAAAAAAUGUAGCUUCGUUCAGGUACGGUAGAAGUCUUGGCCAUACCUACUUCCCGUCAUAUGAAUUCAUUUUGUCGGAAACCCGAUAACAGAUCGGGAACGGGAUUGAUCAAUCGUCUUGUUUCUUCUGAAUUGCACUCACGAAAAGGGUGGAAGAUUCCGAUUCCGUAAGAAAGCUUAUAAAAGCGGCACCAGUUGUCGUUGUGAU